AUGCAAAUACCAAAGCCCUUUUUGGGCGCCGUGGGAGGCUCAUUUGUCCUUAUCCAGCUCUUGUUUCUGGCAAAUAUGAGCUACCUGUACGGUAGUGCGUUCAAUGAUGGGCAGCGAAUGAAGGCCUUGAAAAUUCUUCUUGUCGAUUACGACCAAAGCAUCGUUGGACAAUCACUCAAAGCUGCCUAUACCCAGCUCGCAAGCCCCGGCUUUCCGACUCUCAUUGAACAUUCAUCGACCGACUAUCCAGCUGCAAACGAUAUCCGUGAAUCCAUCUGCAAAGGUCACUACUGGGGGGCAAUUUACACCAAUCCUAACGCCUCUUCGCAACUGUCUUCCGCAAUUGCCUCUCCCGCAGCUGCGCAAAUAUACCAAAGCUCCGGGGCAUUGACCUAUGUUUGGAAUGGUGCGAGGUAUCCAUCCUACGCCCAGGUGGUGUCUUCGAGCCUCCAGGGUCUGGUUCAGGCAACUAGAGGUGCCUACAAUGCUAUGAAUGGAACAACAGCGAUGUCAACAGCCAACACCACGGAUACAUACAUUGCCCAGGUCUUAUUCGAUCCGAUCGGCGCGGAAUCAAUUGAUAUCAAGCCGACGAACCAGGGUGGUCGUUUCUACUACAACACCGUCACGAUGGUGAUGGUUAUCCUGCCACAAUUCUUCUUCGUCAUGGCACUGAAUGGUAUCUCGGCCGAAACCAACAUCCUUCGAAAGUUGUCCCUGAAAGCAAAUAUCGCUCUUCGACUCAGCUUGUCCGUUUUCUUCACCUUCAUCGCAUCGCUUUGCAUGAGUGGCUAUGUCUGGGCCUUCCGAGAAGAUUGGGGAACUACGUCUAGUCAAUUCGCACUGACUUGGGUGAUCCUCUGGCUCGCCAUGCACCUCAACUUCCUCAUAGUCGAUUCUGUCACAUCGGUACUUCCAAUCAAGUUCAUGCCUUUCUUCAUCUUGACUUGGGUCAUUGUGAAUGUCUCGAGUACCCUCAGUCCGUUCGAGUUAUCUCCUGGGUUCUACCGCAUUGGAUAUGCUAUCCCCGCAUACGAGCUCUACCAGGUUCUCGUCGAUAUCUGGACUUCUGGCUGUAAUCCGACUCUCUAUCGGUCACUGCCUAUCUUGUUCUCUUGGUGGCUUGUCGGAAUUUUCGCUUUCUUGACUGGCAUGCGCAAGCGAGUGUUCUCAGCCUUUGUCGAGUCCAGAGAGCCAAGUAUCUCUGGCUCCGAAAAAGUCUAA